AUGAAAUUCGCCAUUUCUGCCGCCAUCCUGUCUCUUGCGGGGCUCGUAGCAUCUGCCAACGUUGGUCGAGCCGCCCCUUGCGAUGAAGCAGCGCGUUUCGGUGUUGUUACCGUUACACCCUCGACCUUCCGUGCUGGAGACACUAUUAAGAUCACAACUGAUGUCAGCUGCGGUGUCCAGCAAUUUGGGCUCAUCCCACAAUUCCUUGACUACUCGAUUGAAGUUCUCCCGCCCAACAACAACGGCUUCGAACAGCCAAUCAUCCUUGCUCGCCACGCUCUACCCAAAGGCGCGCUGUCCGAUUCGUUCUCCGUCAAGGUUCCGCACGGAUUUUUCUUCAACGCCACUUACACUUUGAUUUUGAACAACAUUCACAAUAUCAAUGGUACCGAUGGAAGCCCCGUCCUUGUUAGAGGAGGAACCGAAGCAGUUAUCAAUGUUAUUGCUUAA